AUGGCGAAUCCAUCCCAGCAGGGGUUCUUUGUUCCCGAUCUGCUGGCAACCCUGCCCAACACCAUCGCCUCCAUCAUUGACCAACGCGUCAAUGCCAUCGUCGACCAGCGAUUCCAGGACAUCGAGCAGCGCCUUGACAAUGUCGAGGCUGUCCUCAGAGCCGAGGGCCGCCUGGCUCCACCCCGCCAGAGCCCGCUGCGCGCCCAAGUCCAGCAUCAUCAGCAGCAACACCACCAACCUCAAUUCCAACCAAACGUGAACCCUCCUCCACCUCCUCAGCCCCAGAGCCACCACAAUCAGAAUGUCGUCGACAAUACCGACCCCGUCCUGGCCCUUGCCAGUGCCAACCAGGCUGCCGCCAUGACAGCCCACCCUGCGCCGCCUGUCCCGCAGCAGCAACAACACCAACAGCAACAACAGCAGCAACAACAACAGCAGCAGCAGCAACAGCAGCAGCAACAGCAACAGCAGCAACAAACACCACAGAUGGCGCCGCCGCCCUCGGCUGUCCUACACGCCAUGCCCCCCAUCGUGGCAAUGGAGAUCCCUCCCGAGGGCUUCCCCAUCUCCAGCCGAGCCACAAUGCAGCUCGAGCUCGACCAGUUCACCAUCCCGCGCGGCUACUCGAUGCGCAUGAGCGGUACACGCGACAUGGGCAAGGGAAAGCGCAAGAUCCGCUGGAUCUGCUUCCGCGCGGGCGAGGCGCGCUACAGCGAGGCCUCCAAGGCCGCCGGCAUGCCCGAGCGCAGCUCCAAGAAGUGCAACUGCCCCUUCAAGUUCGAGUGCGUCGAGACCUUCCGCGACUCCAACAUGUGGGUCGUCCACCACCACAUCACCCCCGGCACCACAACCCACAACCACCCGCCCUCGGACCCUAGCGAGGACCCGCGCAGCCGGAAGCUGCCCCCCGCCGUCGCUUCCGAGGUCGACGGCUGGCUGAGGCAGGGCUGGCAGGUCAGCAAGAUCAUGACCGAGCUUAAGAACCGGGGUUUCAAGAAUGUUCUCAGCCGGGACCUGUAUAACCGCCGACAGCAGCUGAAGCGCGAGGACGAGAACGGCGACGCGUAG